CUUGCUGUAGUUCUUCAUUUGUCCCUCUGUCUCCUUUCCUUUCCUUUUGCUAUCUCCUCUUUCCUUCUUCUCUCAGUACACUGACGCCCUGUCUCACACGUAGACGCUUGCCCACACCGGUACGCCACAGCAUGAGAGACCCAACCAAAACACACGAAGCAGCGCUGCGUCUGGGAGUGGUGAAUCUUGACAAACCGCAGUGCAUAGUCGCUGUUCAGCUGCAUCUUGACGUUGACGCAAAAUAGGAAGGAAAAAAACAACAGCCACAAUGUAAACGUUGCAUUCUUCAGUGGAGUAUCGUCUCCCGCUGCUUGUGUCCCUCAUGUUUACUGUUUGGCUGCACAAUGCAGACGGUGAUGCGGUACCAGUGGGGGUGCGCUUCUGAAGAUCGCCUUUGGUGAAAAGAGAAGAUAAGCUUCAUCCAACCAGCCAUUCAGCCACCAGAGCAGAACCACGCGCUGCGGAUAAUGUGUUUUUACUCCUUGCCGUUCUCCAUCCUAUCUCGGUUAAAGUGGUCGGAAUCGACUGAAACCGCUCCGAGAGAUUAAACGACAUUUAUUUCCACGAAGAGCAGAGACAGAAAAAUCAAGAUGAAGUUUCCGACUGAGAAUCCAAGAAAACCAGGGAAUACGAACCCUCCACCAGUGGCAGUCCAGACCAACCUGGUUCCCCCGAAGAAGGUGCAACCAGGUAUGCUUCAGUCCAGCUUAGUGCAGGCCAGUGUGGCCACGAUGCAGAAUCCAAUGGGUUGUGCUUUGCCACGGCUCUCUGUCUCCCCUCGUCCCACUACCAUGGUGGCCAACAUGGAGGCGGUGGCUGAUGGCUCAGCCCCUUUCACCAUGAUGAAAUUGAAGACGGUACUAGCAGUGUUUGUUGUGGUGGUGGCGUACCUUGUGGCAGGGGGCUUGGUGUUCCGGGCACUGGAGCAACCCUUUGAAGAUAACCAAAAGAUCACAAUCACAGCAGAAAAGGCAGCCUUCCUGCAAAAACACCCAUGUGUGUCCUACAAUGAGCUGGAGGCUAUAAUAAAGCACUCUAUGGAUGCUGUGAAUGCUGGAGUAAAUCCUAUCGGUGAUACCUCCUACAACUCCAGCCACUGGGAUCUGGGUAGUGCCUUCUUCUUUGCUGGAACUGUCAUCACAACUAUAGGAUAUGGUAACAUUGCCCCAAGCACUGAAGGAGGAAAGAUUUUCUGCAUUCUGUAUGCAAUAUUUGGUAUCCCGCUGUUUGGAUUCCUACUGGCAGGUGUCGGGGAUCAGCUAGGUACCAUAUUUGUCAAAAGCAUUGCCAAGGUGGAGAAAAUGUUCCGGAAUAAACACAACCAGAUCAGCCAGACUAAAAUCCGUGUGGCGUCCACCCUCCUCUUCAUUCUGGCUGGGUGCAUCUUGUUCGUCACCAUCCCAGCAGUGAUUUUCAAACACAUUGAGGGCUGGACAGCUCUGGAGUCAACAUAUUUUGUCGUCAUUACUCUGACAACAGUUGGAAUAGGUGAUUAUGUGGCAGGUGGAGAUCGGAGGAUUGAAUACCGGAAGUGGUACAGACCCCUUGUGUGGUUCUGGAUCCUGGGUGGUCUGGCCUACUUUGCUGCAGUGUUAAAUAUGAUUGGUGACUGGCUAAGAGUGCUAUCCAAAAAGACAAAAGAAGAGGUUGGAGAGAUCAAGGCUCAUGCAGCAGAGUGGAAAGCAAAUGUGAGAGCAGAAUUCCGGGAAACACGUCGGCGUAUGAGCGUUGAGGUCCAUGACAAGUUGCAGCGAGCCGCCACCAUCCGGAGCAUGGAAAGACGGCAACUAGGCCUGGACCAGCGUGCUGUGUCCCUGGACAUGCUUUCCCCAGAGCGCCGUGCCAUCUUUAACAGCCUGGACACUAACAAUUACAAGACUGCUUCCCAAGAGAGUAUCGACACCAAGCUCAACAACCUUCGACUGCGGGGGGCCGAGCAGUCCGACCGCCACUCCAACCACCAGACCACAUCUGAGGACAACAUUUUCAACCGCUUGGGCUCCGUCACCAAGCUGGCCAAGCGCAACAGGAAUCGGGACCUGAAGAAAAACAUACCAGAUGAGGCACGCCGCCCUCAUAGUGAGGCUUAUGGCUGCAGCACACCUCCUUUUGACUGCAGCGCACUGACUGCAAAUGAAGGAAAAAGGAAGGACGAAGAAGAGGAUGAGAAUGAAGACAAAGAAUGCAACACCAGUUUGUCUGAUUUUCCACUGUUUGUGGAAGCUUGCACGCCACAGAAUGGGUUUAUUCAAGAGCAGACCAAAGAGAAUGAGAGGGAGAAAACACUUGAUACAAAAGAGCUGCAUAUUCAGAUGGGCCCAUAGAUUGUGUGUACUCAUAACAAAAUGUUUAAAUACCACCAUUAGUGCCUUUGGUCUCCCUUUCUCCUGUGUGUGCUUAAGCAAGGACAACAUCUGUCCCUUUGAUCUACAUACUGUAAUGUUCACAUAUACACUGUGCCCUAUGGAUCUGAUCGACAUCCAUUGUGUUGUAUAAAUCCAAGAUAUGGUGGGUUUCUGCAAUUGUGCUAUGCCAAAUGAUAGUCAUAUUAAAGUAAAAAAAAUAUGUCAGCUAAUAGAUAUUUAAAGAAGAACAACCUAUUUUUCUUUUUUUGCGGCUGUGGUCAUUAUUUCCCUCAAAAAUGAUGAUACUAUACUCAACUACACAUGUUAGCCUUGAGGAUAUGAAAUUCACUUUGGAAUCUCUGAUCGAAAGCAUAGUGCUCACUGAAUAUCUCUGUUUUCAUGUUAGCAUACAGUACAUCACCCACAAAUUGUAUGAAAAAUUGUAGGUUAGUUCUGUGUCUUCUAUGCAUUGUGCAUAUGUACAUAUGUAAGUGAAAUGAUGAUGGUACUUUUGAAACUUACGUGUGCUUGCUUAUGUUUGCUUUGCUUCCAGUGCGUAUUUUAUAUUUUAAUCUACACCAACACGUAGCUACUGUUUAUACUCUCAGGAUCCACACACCACUUGUUACUGAGGUAAUACUAAAAAUACAGAGAUAUCGGAUAGAUUGUGUUUCCAUUACAUGAGCUAGUGUGGACUUUGUGCCUACGAAUAGGAACCAAACUUACUGAUUAUUGGUACCUGCUGCUUUGGAGGGAAUCUAAGGAGGGAAUCUGCUGGUAUCGCAGAUUCUCUAUACUGAACAAAAGUGUUACCAUAUGUUAUGGUCUGCUUGCCUGUUUAUCAUGUCUAUAUGAUCCAAUUCUAUAUUGCACAAGGUGGUAAGAGCAGACCAUCGGAACAGCUCCAGUUGCCUGGGUCUGGUGGUUUCCUACCCCUGUUUUUUGUUUGUUUUGUUGUGUUCAUGUUUUUCAUGAAAAUGUGUUCAUCACUGGCCUUGACUCUGCAUAUUAGUCUGUUUUAUUGGCUUCUGAGUCAAGUUGUGGACACUUGCACUUCACAUGAAAUCCUACUCUCUAAUAUGAAAUGUUAUGUCGAGAUGAUUGCACAUAUCUUAAGUUCUGACAAGUACGUGGACCUACACCUUGAUGCUGUGACUCCAAAUGUGACUCAAUUUUAAGUCAUACAAAAACUUAUGAAUGGAUAAUAAAUCACUCAAAAAAGCUGCUGUGGUAAAGUAGGAUACUAAUAGAAAGGAGCUUCAUUUAAAUGUACCACUUUCACUAUAUGUUUUGUUGUCAUGUUGUUUUUCAUGAAAGCUAUUCUUAACUAAAUUCUUAAAAAUGUAAAUUUAAACGUGAAUGAAAGGAUUCAUAGCAUGUCACAUGUCUGUGCAUGGUCCCCAACCUAAGGUGGUUUCUCAGUGUCCAAAAAUAAUAACUAGAUCAUGACCAUGUUGGACACCAUCUCAGGGCUUGUUGUUUUCCUGUUUGUCAUUGAAACUGUCUGACAAGUACUGUGUUCACAUGUUUUGAAGAUGAAGUAUCAAUGGCUUUACCUGUGCUCUGUGAAAAUUUGUUAUAGCAGACUGAAAGAUAAGCCAUAAUGCGAAUAGAGGGUAUGUUCCAUGCUGUACAGACAAUACCAGUGAUGUACGGGAUGAGUUUCAGGUUAGAGUGCAAUGUGCACUUUUUGUUGUACUCAAGUCACAGACUGUCACAAAACAUGGAUGUAUGGCUCACUCAUGAAUUCCAGAAGGAAUAUUAUGGAGUUUGUAUUUGCUCGUAUUCCUCAUUUACAAUCUUGAAAAUUCAACUGAAUGUGAAACCGAGUUGGAACAAUUAACCAUAACUACUGACAGGCUGAGACACUUGUUAAUCAAGUUCAAAUGCUCCCAAACAUACUUCUCUAGAAGCUUUAAAACCUCUAAAAUGAAUUCUAAAACUCACCCAAAAGACACAGAAAAGGAGAAAAACAAGUACUGAAAAUCAAUCCUAGCAUGAAAAGAAUUGUACUCCCUGGGACUUGUCUGGACACCAAAUGGAACUUUGUAGUUGUAUUUUUUUUAUUUUUUUGCAGCCAGCAUUUAAUGGCCAUCACAAGUACCUUAAGACAUUAAAGUGUGCAAUGUAAUUAUCAUUAAGUAUAAUACAUUUACACAUUCGCUGUGUACCACUGAAGGAAAUAACAUCAAAUGCAUAAAAAUAUGUAAACUGUGCCACUGACUGUAUUACAGAGAUAUUGUGACACUCACAUGAUGUUUUUUGCAUACAUUCCACAGCCUCAUGUCAGUAUAUUCACUCUUUCUCUAUGUAGACCCUCAGUCUGAUUCUACUGUUCACAGUACUAAGUGAAGCUCUAGGCUAGUGUGAAUGCAGCAAAAGCAAGAACUACAUGUGUCUUAAAAACGCUUCCAAAAUAUUCAAAAUUGUCAAAGCUUUUAAAGAAAACUGAAACAUGGAACAAAAAAAAAGGCAUGUUCUUUUGCAAAGCUAUAUUAUGAUGUAUAUGGUGUUGAUUGUAAACCACCACACGCUCCAGAGGAUGACGCUCACCGUUGCAUUUUGUUUUCUGUUUUCGAACUGCUUGUGCUAAGAUGCACAAGAAGCACAUGCUCUGUCCUCAGACUUUGCUACGGUAUCUCUUGUGCAACCAUUACGUUAAAUGUAGUGAUUGCCUUUUGAAAAUAAAGAUUACUGAAUAAAGUGCUA